AGCUGCUGUAACCCACUUAGUCUUGGUGCCUUCAAGAAGAUGCUCGAAGAAAUUAUACCUGGGAUUUAUGUUCUAUCCUUGCAGAUUGGAAGCAACAUAAUGGAGGAAACCAAAAACAGCUUUUUUAUGAAUGUCAACAAUCAAGUAAAGGACGCUUGCGACAUCAUCUCAAAGGACCCCAAGCUUCAGGGAGGUUACAACUCAAUGGGCUUCUCCCAGGGAGGCCAGUUUCUGAGAGCAGUGGCUCAGAGAUGUCCUUCCCCACCUAUGUUGAAUUUAAUCUCCUUUGGAGGACAGCACCAAGGUGUCUUUGGGCUACCACACUGUCCUGGAGAAAGUUCUAAAAUAUGUGAUUGGAUCAGAAUGGCUUUAAAUGUUGGUGCUUACACUAAACUCAUCCAAGAACAUUUGGUUCAAGCAGAAUACUGGCACGACCCUCUGAAUGAGGAGCUAUACCGGAACAACAGCCUCUUCCUAGCAGAUAUUAAUCAAGAAGUGAUGGUCAAUGAAAGCUACAAGAAGAAUAUGCUGAGCUUGAAGAAGUUUGUGAUGGUGAAGUUUCUACAGGAUAGCAUGGUAGAUCCGAAAGAUACUGAGUGGUUCGGAUUUUAUAAACCAGGACAAUCCAAGGAGACAUUUACUCUUCAAGAAAGUCCACUGUAUACAGAGGAUCGUCUGGGACUUAAGCAAAUGGACAAGGCUGGGCAACUUGUGUUUCUUUCUGCAGAUGGGGAUCAUCUCCAGUUCAGCAAAGAGUGGUUUGUGGAGAACAUCCUCCCAUAUCUGACAUAAAAAAACUUGUAUGCUCAUAGUGCUGUAGAGACAAAGUACCAAAGUCCUACGGAUUUUUCAAGCCUGCUGCCUUCUGCUUUAGUAGGUCAUCUCCCAGCUGCUGAGAUUGACUCGACAAAUGUAAUGUUUUCUGCACCAAAAUAAGGCAUAUAUUUAUACUAAUCACCAGCCCGCAACAGAUUGAGUAGAACAGCGUAAUCCUAAUCAUGGUUUGAAAAUUGCUGUGUAAUUGCAAAACUAUUAAAAACUGAAAUUCUGUUGCAAAAACA